GAAGGAGUGCGGAGUGUUGUGAUCAGUGUAAAUCUUUACAGAAAGGACCAGGAAAAGCAACUUGAAGCGGAAAUGUCAGAGACAUGUUAAAGAACGACCAACAAAACCGUAACAAAAUAUAUUCCAUAUAGUUAGUGGAUUGACCAAAACGAACUGCCAAGAGGAAUGAAUUGGUGAAGGAAAUCUAUAGUACAAAUAGUUUCUAUUGUACGAGAGAGUUUAAUUUCGUGUUAUCGUAUAUCCACAACGCUCGUUGUCAUCUUUUAUUCACAAUUCCACUAAUUAUGGUAAUGGAGUGAAGGUUGGGAUUCUGGAGCUCAAGGGCACCAAGAAACGACCCAGGGAUUUCAUUCCAAAGGGGAAGCAGAAGUUCGCAAGUAGUGAACCGCGAGGGCUGCAGCAGCGCUGGCGGCUGCCGGUUUGCUUUGAAACUCGCUGGAAGGAGCAAUGAGCGCCAAGGUCGGCGAGAGGCAACGCAGAAACCGCAACGGCGGCGUGCAGUGGAGUCAUUUCACGGAAACCUGCAGUCAGAGGCUUUGCGGUGUUUGCUCCACUGUGCCACAGGCAGUGCAGGUUGGCCUCGGCGCCCCGCAGGCGGGCACCGGGCUCCGGGUGCGUGCGGAUUGGCUAGGAAGCAUCUCUUCACACACAGGUGGCCUCAAACAUUCGCCGGUGGCGCUCUGCGCAGGGCAUUGUUUCGGUUCACGUCAUCUGGCGCCUCGCCAGCACCGCCCACGCAUCUUCCGCUAUCAGGUGGGCAGCAGGCGGCGGCGGCGGCGGCGGCGGCGCCGGGCGCGAGACGACGAGGAUGAGAAGGAGGAGAAAGAGGAUGAGGAGGAUGAGGAGCAAGGAGGAGGUGUCAGCGGCCUGCUUUCCUCUCCCGAGCUGUCGACGCGAUGCGACGCGGUGUCCACGUCCUGCGCCGCGCCUCGACCGGCGCUUUCUGAGUCAGCGCUACGAGAGUCGGCGACAUGACGGGCCACGGGCGACUGUUGGUGCUGCUCCAGUAGACGACCGAGCCCCCGUCGGAAAGGAAAGAGAGAGAGCGGUGGAGCGCCAAGUUGCUGACACAUAAAUACUCCGCCCGCCUCUCGUUGUACGUGGGAACGACUGGUUUUCAGAGAAGUUGUGUUUUGCGCUUGGAGAUCGAGAACGUGGAAUAAAACUAGCUGCUUUGGAGGCGGUUGUU